CGCGUGUGGCGUGUGUUCUCUCUCGGCGAUCCGCGAAGGUAUCCUCGCGUCUGUGCGCGCGCGCGCGAUCUCGUUCACGCGCCGGGAUCUGAAGUUGGCCUGUCAACGAACGCGAGAGGCGGCUCGGAUAUACCCUCGAGGAGCUCGCUCACGAGACCUCGCGCGAGGAGGAGCGAGGAGCGACCAGCGACAACGAGUGAGAGAGAAAGAGGGACAGGAUCGAGCCAGUCUCGCGAGAGGAGUGCAGCAGAGAGGAAGAAAAAGGAGGGAGGAGAUACCUCCGUCGGCGACGAGAUUCAGGAUUUUCCUAAUUUGUUGACCUCCCACGUUCCUCUCGUCGACGGAAGAGUUUACGUUUGUCGCCACGCAGCUGUGCAUAGUGUAUCACGUGCAUGUGUGUGCCAAAGCGAGAAUAAACCAAGGAAAGCUAGACGUGGACGCUUAACGUGGAUUAAGAAUCAAGAAGAUCAGUGAAAUACGCGAGUGAUCGAAAGAAAAAUCGCGGGAACUUCCAGCGUGAAGACAGAAGAAAGAAAAAGAAAAACUGUUGAACAAAGAAAGGAGAUCGACAAGCGGGUUAGGGAUUUCUCGCGAAGUCGUCUCGGCUAUGACGAGUACGGAGUGCCGCGUCGAUCGAGGUUCGUUGAUUGAAGCCACGGAUGCCGACGCGAUCGUCAACGUCAUCAUCCCGUUGAAUGUGGAACACGAUCUCGCGGUUCUUCGCUAAGGGCAGUAAGACCGCGGUGGUGCAGGAAGAAACCGCGCCACUGCCGACGGAGGAAAAGGACGAGCAGCAACAACAACCGCAGCGUGCGUGCAACGGCGUCGCCGACGACGACGCGCCCGCCGACGGUACGAGCGCCGUCCAUGUGUUCUACGACGCGGCGAUGGAUCGCGGCGCGAGUGCAGACGAUCGACGCAGGCCUGCCGCCGCUUCUGCUGCCUCAACCGGUGCUGCGGCGGCAGCAUCAGUCGACCAGCAGUCCAGCGGAGGCGAUUCCGAUCACUUCUCCGACGCCUACGAGUCCCGUCAGGCCAAACAACGUGCCUCUGUAAAAUGGCUUCUAUCGAAGGCAUACAACAAUCGAGUGCCAGAAAAACUCCGCGACCCCUAUUAUCGUGAUCAUGAGGAACAAGAGCAUUUGAAACCACAAAUCGUACACGCGCUUUCCAAUGCAGAGCUCUAUUGCCUUGCGCUGGCCAACAUAUACUCGGAUCCUAACUAUCACAAUCAGAAUCACUACGGGAUCCUACAAGCCUUGGCAAGGAAAGGUGUCUACGUCGCGGAGCAGAACAAUACUCAGCUCACCGAAACGAUUCUUAUUCAAAACUCACCACUUAAGAUGUCCGCGCAUAUGGCUGUGAUAGAAGGCCUGAUGGUCUUGUACGCGAAAGAGGUGGUGACAGGAGACCGGGUGGUCUCGGCGAUACAACGGUUCGACCCCCAAGCCGAGGUGGACGUGCCGUCGGAUCACGAGAAGGGUCUUCUGCUUUGGAUCAAUCACGCGUCGCACGCGUUAAUUGCCAAAAUUCAGAGCGAGGAGGGUAGUGGCGAUAAGACGCGGCUGCCUGAAUUACCCGCUGCCAAGGACUUUCAAUCUCUGUGCGACGGUGUCGGUCUCGCGGCUGUUGUUGCUUUCUAUUGUCCUAGCGAACUCAAUUGGAUGGAAAUUAGAGUGUCGAAAAGACCUUCGGUAGCGGACGCACUACAUAAUCUCUCCCUGGUACACGCGUUUUGCGUCAAAUGCCUGCCCUACUCAAUUUUCCACAUGCAGCCUGAUGACGUUACGUAUAUGAGAGGGUCGAUGAAACAGAAUUUAGUGGUAUUUCUGGCUGAAAUGUACAACGUUCUAGAGAUUCAUCCAGCGAAAUGCGUGCGCUAUCCUGGUGAGGAGCGGGCGAUGCAAUACCUAGAUGCCUGCCCGCGCAAUAGUCAUGGCGUAGCUCAUAAGAGAAGUCUGCCACAGUCUAUAGCUCCGAUACCUGAUCUGAGAAGCAACCUCUCCGUAUCCGCGCCAGGUUUCACAGUUACGAAGUCGACAUCAAGCAGCACUGUGAAGAAGUCGCAAUCUUUGCAACAAACUGCCGAGAGUCACCCGUACGAUGACAGGCGUGCAGGUAGUGAAGAGAGUUUCGUAGUGCAUCGUGGCAAAGGCAUUCCCACGCUGAGCUCCGUAGCCGAUGAGAAGUCCGUCAGAACGGAAGCCGCUGGUCGGCCGAGCAAUUGGGAGGAACAACGACGGAGCUCUUAUGCCGGACGUCGGUCAAGACGUAACAGCAUCACGGAUGAUUCUCAAUUGACUAUUGAGAACUUCGGCGGGUCUCAGGAUAAUUUACACAAUUUUGGUAGAAAUCCGGAUAAAGAGUUAGGCACGCACAUCACCAAGCGCAACGCUACCGAACCAACGUUGCCUGCGCGAUCCAGCGUCCAAGAUGUGUACGGUAGCGGCGUGCAGCACAUAAUCGCGGACAACGGUUACAGCGGCAGCGAGGAGCCGAUGAGGCUGCGACGACAGGCGUCCAACAGCAGUCUAGAUAACGUCGCUCUCCGGCAAAUCUUACAUUCCAACGUAGAGAACGACAGCAGUAUGGAUGGCGGCGGUGGUGGUGGUGGCGGCGGCGGCGGCGGCGGCGGCGGCGGCGGCGGCGAUGUCCCCACGAAGUUCGCUAGUUUUGCGAAUUUGAGUAGACAGAGCUCAGAAAAAGGAAUAAAUUUCACGUAUACGGAACAACAAGAUGAUGCUAAAUCGAAUAGGAAACAUGGCCAAAGUAAUGGGAACAGUGAGAAGAAAACAACGUUUGCCACUCUACCAAACACAACCACGUGGCAACAGCAGAGCAAUCAGCAGUCGCAGCAGUUAGAGCAACAUUCAAUUGAUGAGAACGGCGGUAAUACCAUAAUGGCCUCGCAACUGAAUAAUAUACGACUAAAGCUUGAAGAGAAGCGACGACACAUAGAGAAUGAAAAGCGAAGGAUGGAAGUUGUCAUGUCGAAACAACGGCAAAAAGUAGGAAAGGCUGCUUUCUUGCAAGCGGUCACGAAGGGUAAGGUUAAAUCUCCCUCUUCGUCAACGUCCGGGGGGGACAGUCCGGCCGAGACAGUCGGUCCCCCCACUCCUGUAACCUCCGGAUCUUCCGGGGCGACCCCGACGAGUGUUUCCGAGGCGUCCUCUGUACCCCAACAACCCCUUCAAGAAAAACCACAGAGACCCUUCUCGCUCAAGGAAAUUAGCGAGGAUGUGCGGGAUGUCGAGCACAAGUGGCUGGAACAUGACGGUAAUGCGCCAUUCAUUGAGACCAGACGCACUCCAGAUAUUGAGAAUAUGGAUCCCGAACAGUAUCGUCAAUCCAUAUCGCAAAUGAACAAUAGCCUGAGCGAAAUUCAAGCCGAUAUACAACGUUUAGCGAAUCAGCAGAAUCAGAUUCAGCAGCAGCAUCUGAUGUCGCAGCACCAGAAACAGAUGCAGCAUCAGCUUCAGCAGCUGCAGAGUCUCAGUCAGCAGCACAUGCAAACUUACGGAAUGCCACCAAUGAAUCCAUUAACACCCAGACUGCAAGAUUCGCAGCAAUCGCAGUUCUACUUACAUGAUCAGCCGCAAGUGCAGAGGAGAAUGUGGGGUCAGCCUGUAUCCACUCAGAGUUUGGCCAAUGAAAUGGCUGCAGUAGGCUAUCAGCAGUCUAUGGAUUCGCGAUUUAGUCCUCAACCUGCCGCUUAUCAGCAGGACAUGCGCAUGUAUGCGGAUCCAACAAGGACUUGGGCCGCUCCGCACCCAACGCAAAAGGGAUUCGUUUUGCACGACACUCAGGAACCAAGGUACCUCAACGGGGAUCAUAGUCUGUGUAAUAAUCAAAUGAGCCACCCCGGUCCAGCCAGCGUCUUUCCAGCGUCUUCGGCGCUUUUCAACCAAACACAAGCCACAUCUGCUAGUCCACAACAUCGUAACACUGUUCAUCGAAUAAGUCAGUUAAUUAGUGAAAGUCCUGAACCUAAGAGAUCAACUGUACAUCACAUCCCGAUCUCAUGUGAAAGCCCGACGGAGAAGAGGCAAGCUUUGCACACUUCUGUACCAGCUCCACCUGUCGAUGACAUGAAACCCCAAAAUAUAUCUUUCAUCGGCAACGAUGACGAUAUCGCACAAGGUAUUCGCGGCUUGAAUAUUACGUCGGGUAGUCGUACAUACAGAAUACCAUCGCCAACUAGACCCACGAUAUCGCAGAAUUCUUUCCAACCUCAUCCGUCGUUAAGGGAGACGUCGCGUUCAGCCACUCCGGAUGUUACGCCUCUCGAUUCCACGGACCCAAAUGAGAAAGGAUUCUAUAUCUCCUUCGACAAUGACGCUCCCAAGAAACCAAAACCGGCCCUCAGAGUAAAAAGAACGUCUCCUAAAAAGGAACGAAGUAUGUCGUCUUACAUUGAACACGAGGACUUUACAAUGCACUCAGAAUCGCCUCUCGCUAACGUGAUAGAGAAGCACAAACAAAUAGAAGCUCAGCGGGAAUUGGAGCGGGAAAGAUUGCGGCAAGCCGACGAAAGGGAACAGCAAAGGCAAGAAAUGAGAGACAGGGAGCUCAAACGGGAAAUGGAGAAGGAACGACAGAGGGAGAAACAGCGAGACAGCAGCACAGACAGCCGACACGCUUCCGGAGUUGGUCUGGUGAUUGGGAACCAACUCACGAAUCCUGAUCCGAAUUGCAUGGACGAAAUGGAGAAGAAGAAGGAGAGGAUAAUGUUGAUGUCGCUACAGAGAAGGCAAAGGCAGGAAGAAAUGAAGGAAAGGAAAGAAAUCGAGGCCCAAGCACGUAGGGAAAAAGAGAAACUGAAGGCGGAGGAGAGAGCUCGCAAGAAAGAAGAGGAACGCCAACGGCGAGCCGCUAUCUUGGAACACCAUAAGGUGAAGAAAGCGAUAGAGGAGGCAGAGAGAGAAGGUAAGGUAAUUGAUAAGGAUCUUCUGAAUGCAAUAAAUCCAGCAAAAUUACGUAACAAGACUGCAACCGCUCGACCGCGGCCCAAAACAAUUCACGGAGACGCUGGCGCAGUAUUGGAUUCCGGGGCUCUUACACCUAGUCGCGGGAAGAAGGGUUCUUCUUCCAAUUUAAGUACAGCGUCGCUGACCUCUCCGACGAUGAGGCGAGACUACUACCGAGGCUCGCAGGAUAGUCUCACUGCUGCCCACCUUGAUGACCGACGUUGUUCCGGCCCUCUUUAUCGGGGCGGCAGUCUCAGGGUAUCUUCCGUAGAUUCGCCCGACGACGGUAGGGGUUCCUCGCCUUGCCGCAGCGUGAAUCAGCUCGGUCGACGCGGCUCCUACAAGACCUCCAGAGAUUCAGAUAGCGGCCUGGGCAGGUCGACUCCUCCGAGACGUGCCGCCAGUCCGGGCAUAGGCAGCAUGAGGCACUUAACGUCACCUUCGGGACCCGGCUCACUGCCACCAGCCCUGAUGACGUCGAAGAAAAGGAUCUACGAUGAUGGCAGCAGCGACAUCAGCAGCACGCCCAGUUCUAUGAUGGACUACAACGGCCCGAGACUGUAUAAACUGCCGAUAGCCAAAUCGAAUCGCAACAUAAUGCUGAACGCUGUGGAGUACUGUGUCUUCCCCGGCACGGUGAACAGAGAAGCCAAAUCGAGGGUUCUGGAGGAGAUUGGCCGGUCCGAAAGCAAACACUUUCUCAUCCUGUUUCGAGAUGCCGGCUGCCAAUUUCGCGCUCUCUAUUCGUACUGUCCCGAGAGGGAGGAAGUAGCCAAGCUGUACGGUACUGGGCCCAAACAAGUCAUCGAUAAUAUGUUCGACAAAUUUUUUAAAUAUAAUUCCAGUGGAAAAUGCUUUUCGCAAGUUCACACGAAGCAUCUGACAGUGACCAUAGAUGCCUUUACGAUACACAACAGCCUUUGGCAAGGUAAAAAGGUGAACUUACCGAACAAGAAGGACAUACCACUCGUCAUAUAGUUUUACAUAAGUGAUCACACACUUAACAUUACGCUACUGUGCCCUCUGUUGUUCAUAGUUACUAUUUUAAUACAGGCCCAUAUUAAAUUAAUGCGAAUACGUUGCGUUUUUAGUCAAUUUUAUAAGGACAAUUGAUCGGUGCUGACUUUAUAAAGAAAUAAUCACAGUUGGCGCGCGAGCCCCGCGUUUUUUUUUUAUCGCACGCCGCUUUUGAAGGGGUGGAAAAGAUCGGGGGAACGUGGUUACAUACCAGGGAGAAUGCGUUUCGUUUACUUUUUCUUGCGUUUCCGGUUCUUUUUUUUCCGUUGAUUUUCAGCAUCAAUCAUUGUGUCAUAAGAUUACCAGUAUCUAUUUAUAAGAUGGUUUGUUGUCAAUAUACACCCCUAAGAUCCCUUAAUUUUGCGGACUAACUCUCGUCAUGUAACCGCCUUGUAAUCGUGUAAACUGCUGUGUUGCGACUGCGUGAGCGUACGAUUCUCAUGGAUAUAUAAUAUGAAAGUUGAUUUUCCUAAAUUUAUUUUGCGAAACGAAGCGAGAGUAAGGGAGGAUGGCAACGGUGCAGCUUGUGUUCUCAUGUGUGCAUGUAUCUGUAAUUUGCAAUUCACACAGAUCUUUCUCCAUCCUUCGCUAGGCUAGGGAUUCUAAAUUAUUCAACGAUUACUAUCUAGUGCAUUUGAAACCUUUUAAAGAACAUAUUAAAGUAUGAUAUAAAACGCGCGAUCAUGUGAGGGAUCAUUAAUUUUUAGAUGUGUCUCGUGCGCAAUUCGCUGACUUUAAACUUGGUUUUAUUUUCUGUAUAAUAGCAUACUAUGUAACCUUGCAAAAAAGAUUCUCUUUUUUUUUUUAUAUCAAUUUCCUUUUUUAAUCGGGGAGAGUGUUGUUUUUUUAUAUAUAUUUUGGUUCUUUUUACCGAUUGAGAUAUGUGUCGGCAAAAUAUUCGACGCGACUCAAACGGAGUUGAAUUAAUGAUUUCUCAUAUUGUGUACGUUUCUCGCGGCUGUUGACGAUUGUAGUGCGCAGCGCGAUUUUUGCAGUGUCCCCCUCUCAUCUCUCUAUUCUUCGCGAGGGAUGAAACUUGUCAACGGGGUGACGACGGAUGAGAACGACGAUAGCUCAUAUUGUAAAUAAAUCAGUUAGUUGCGAAUUAACAGUCAGGUAUAAGACCAGCCUUACAAUAAAUUCAUUAUGAUG